AUGACCACGCCCUUAGACAAGUUAAAGAACGAUGUAUACAACAACGACCAAGUAGGGAAGAUUGAGGCAAAGACCUCAGUAAGAUUCAUUUCAGAAGAAGGCAACAGAAUGAUAUACGAAGGCAACUAUCCAGUAGAACCUUUUAAAGAAGGGGCAAGGGGUACAUAUGGUGGAGAUUUCAUUGCUCAAGGUAUCAACGUUGCUUGGGAAUCCAUUGGUAGGCCUGAUUUUCAACCUCAUUCGGUACACUCGUAUUUCGUGAAAGCUGGUUCGCAUGACAGUGUUCUCCGAUGGGAAGUGAUUAAAGUGUCAGAUUCGAGGAAUUUUUCAAACAGAAUUGCCCUUGCGUAUCAGGGGCAUACAAACCAGUUGUGCUUCACUUUGCAGUGCUCAUUCACUAAGGAUAACAAUCUUGAUAAGAGGGAUGCGGAUCAUCAGAAACUAAUUGCUUCGGGUGCCGAUAUUAAAACGGUGCCAUUCCAAUUCAAGAGGAAUCCCAACCCCAAAUUCUUUAAAUACAAAGACAGCAUCGAUGAUCUUCUUUAUUUCGAGCAUACAAAUGGAAACAUUGCCCAUGCUGUCCCCAGAGAAAUUUUCAGCACAACAAAGAAUUUCGAUAUGAACAAGAUUGGCGAUGAGGAGCUUGGGUUUUAUGUCAAGUUCUUGGAUGAUUACAACUUGGGCAAGGAUUAUAUCAGACAAUCGUUUUUGGGGUUGGCGUUCGCGUCAGACUCAUUAUGGUUGGCCACUCUUGUUAAGGCGUUGGGACUACCCGUAACCCAAAAAGAUGCUGAUUUUUUCAGAGUAAGUUUGGACCACACCUUGUAUUUCCAUGACUUGAACUUUGAUUCAAGUACUUGGAUAUAUGUUGAUUACCGGUUCUUAUCCAUGGGAAAUAAUAGAAUUUUGGCUGUGAUAAAUUUUUACACGUUGGAUGGUAAGGCCAUUUGUACUGCUGUUCAAGAAGCUUAUGGAUUUUUGCCGACGGAGUUGGUAGAAAAGUCUAAGAAACUUCACGACAAAUAUCACGGGGAAAAGAGUAGACAACUUGCGGCAAAGUUGUAA